ACUCUAACAUCCUCUGCCCACACCGAGCUCACAGUCUGGAGGAUGUGAGACCAGAGAAGGAUCCCUAAUGCUGCUGCUUUGUCACCCGUCUACUCCCUCUCCCAAUCGCCUGGGACUAGCAGAUGCAUCACAGAAUGAAUGAAAUGAACCUGAGUCCUGUGGGGAUGGAGCAGCUGACCUCAUCUUCCGUGAGCAAUGCCCUUCCAGUGUCGGGAAGUCACCUGGGGCUGGCCGCGUCACCCACUCACAAUGCCAUCCCUGGCCCAGGGCUGCCGGUGGCAAUUCCCAACCUGGGCCCCUCCUUAAGCUCCCUGCCCUCUGCCUUGUCUCUGAUGCUCCCAAUGGGUAUUGGGGACCGAGGGGUGAUGUGUGGUCUACCCGAGAGAAACUACACUCUACCUCCUCCACCUUACCCUCACCUGGAGAGCAGCUAUUUCAGACACAUUCUACCUGGCAUCUUAUCGUAUUUAGCCGACAGACCUCCUCCUCAGUACAUUCAUCCCAACUCGAUAAACGUCGAUAGCAACCCAGCCCUCUCGAUCUCUAGCAACCCUUCAGCACUAGAUCCCUACCAGUCCAGUGGGAACGUUGGUCUGGAAACGGGGAUUGUCUCCAUAGAUUCUCGCUCCGUGAGCUCCCACGGGCCUCAAAGCCUCCAUCCCAGCGACAGUCACGAGGUGACACUGGACACGACCAUCACCAUGGAGAGCGUCUCUCGGGUGACCAGCCCCAUCUCAACCGACGGGAUAGCCGAAGAGCUGACGAUGGACAGCGUGCCCGGGGAGCAUUCGCAGAUCCCCAACGGCUCGAGAAGUCACGAACCUCUGUCGGUGGACCCCGUCGGCAGCAAUCUGGCCUCGGACCCCGUGGGCCACGGUGGGGUCCUGCCCAUUCACGGGAAUGGUUUGGAACUUCCCGUGGUCAUGGAGGCGGAUCACAUCGCUGGGCGGGUUAACGGGCUCCCCGACGGCGCCCUGACCGACUCCAUCCACACUGUGGCCAUGAGCACCAACUCUGUGAGCGUGGCGCUCUCUACCUCGCACAAUCUUGCCUCCCUGGAGCCCGUCUCCCUACAUGAGGUCGGCCUCAGCCUUGAGCCCGUGGCGGUUUCCUCCAUCACUCCGGAGGUGGCCAUGGGGUCAGGCCACGUCGACGUGUCUUCGGAUAACCUGGCUUUCGUGCCGCCGUCCCUGCAGAUGGAGGACUCCAACUCGAAUAAAGAGAACAUGGCGACCUUGUUUACAAUAUGGUGCACCCUCUGUGACCGGGCCUACCCGUCAGACUGCCCGGAUCACGGGCCAGUGACUUUUGUUCCAGACACCCCGAUCGAGAGCCGAGCCCGGCUUUCCCUCCCCAAACAGCUGGUCCUGCGGCAGUCUCUCAUGGGAGCUGAUGUCGGUGUGUGGACUGGGGAAACCAUUCCUGUGCGAACUUGCUUUGGGCCUCUGCUCGGACAGCAGAGUCACUCCAUGGAAGUGGCAGAUUGGACAGAUAAAGCAGCUAACCAUAUCUGGAAGAUGUACCACAACGGCGUCUUGGAGUUUUACAUCAUUACGACUGACGAGAACGAAUGUAACUGGAUGAUGUUCGUGCGCAAAGCCAGGAACCGGGAAGAGCAGAAUCUCGUAGCUUAUCCCCACGAUGGAAAAAUAUACUUCUGCACCUCACAGGAUAUCCCCCCUGAAAAUGAACUGCUCUUUUACUACAGCCGGGACUACGCCCAGCAGAUCGGUGUCCCAGAACACCCAGAUGUGCACAUCUGUAACUGUGGCAAGGAGUGCAAUUCUUACACAGAGUUCAAGGCUCACUUGAACAGCCACAUCCACAAUCACCUGCCCAGCCAGGGCCCCACGAGCAGCCACGGGCCGGGCCACAACAAAGAAAGGAAGUGGAAGUGCUCAAUGUGUCCACAGGCCUUCAUCUCCCCUUCAAAACUUCAUGUCCACUUCAUGGGCCACAUGGGCAUGAAGCCCCACAAGUGUGAUUUCUGCAGCAAGGCUUUUAGUGAUCCCAGCAACCUGCGGACGCACCUGAAGAUCCAUACAGGUCAGAAGAACUAUCGCUGUGCUCUGUGUGACAAGUCCUUCACCCAGAAGGCUCACCUGGAGUCCCACAUGGUCAUCCACACCGGGGAGAAGAACCUGAAGUGCGAUUACUGCGACAAGCUGUUCAUGCGGCGGCAGGACCUCAAGCAGCACGUGCUUACCCACACCCAAGAACGCCAGAUCAAGUGUCCCAAGUGCGAGAAACUCUUUCUGAGGACAAAUCAUUUAAAAAAGCACCUCAACUCCCACGAAGGAAAGCGGGAUUACGUCUGUGAAAAAUGCUCAAAGGCUUAUCUGACCAAAUAUCACCUCACCCGCCACCUGAAAAUCUGUAAAGGCCCCGCUUCUAGCCUGUCUGCCCAGGAGGAAGAGGAGGAGGAAGAUUCAGAAGAGGAGGAACUACCAGACUCUGUGGGGACCGAAGACUGUAGGAUUACCAGUGGUGCGUACGCAGCAGAGGACUCCCUCUCUGGACAUAAAUAAGGGAAAAAUAUAUAAAUGAUAAAAAAGGAAAAAAAAAAACCCAAGGAUAAUUUGUGACCCGCCAUCACCUCCUUAUAUGCAGAUCGGAUUUCCAGCCUCCAGCCAAAACAUUCUGACGGGGAAUGGAUAAAGCACUUAGCGUUCAUAAGGAAAUGCUUCUAUAACGAAAACAGUCCGCGGAGAUGAGGGGGACGGAAAAGCACGUACUUCAUUUUAAGUCUUAGCAGUAUACCGGGAGCGGGUCAAGUUCACGAGGUUCACAGGUUUAUGGAAGUGCGACAGAGGAAUUCCUCUGAAGGCUUCAAAAAAAAUCAAACUCAGGGCUAGCACUAGGGUGCGGGUGAAACUGGACUGUCCCUACCAGGGUUGGGCCAGGACCGCUUCCAUUACGGGGAGGGAGUGGAGUUGAAAGAGGACUCCGUGUCGGUCCGGUAAUUCUGCUUUUCCCAGUUGCCACCACCAAGCUUGGGGAUUUCAGGCGUGCGGCCCCUUGACUAGCAGCUGCAGGUUACCGCCUGCCCCUCAAAAGGGCCCUGAGCAAACAUACUACAAAUUGCAACUCUUUCUCUCAGCCCGCAGAAACUCCUUCCAUUUAAGUCGUGGGGUUGUGGUCAUCCUGCUGACUAAUUAGCCUGCCAUGUGAUCAUGGGUGACUUACUGCAGUCUCGAGGCUUGAAUUUGAGGCUCUGGCAGCAAGCACAAAGUUAAAAGCAGCUCCUCUUUUGUGGCCCUGAGCUACCCCAUUCCAGGACAGGCGCAGAGCCCUUGGCAGAGGCUCGGCAUGUAGAACGCGCCUCAAGUGUAGAAGGAGCAGGAAGAAAGUAGGCUCUGAUUUUGAAGAAGACCGGAGCGGUGUGGGAAAGGAAAGUGGAAAGGCUGUGGAUGACACCAACUGGCAGGGAAGCUGUUGUGACUGGGCUUUCUCUGGGAAACCUGGUGAACCCAGUGCAAUUCUGAUUUAAAACCCCAACCAACUCUAUCAGAGUUAAAGCGGUACAAUAUCUGGCAGGGCAGGAGGCCCUUCUCCCCUCCCUUUAUCUUCCUUCUCUCACUUUUCUCCUCCUUUCUUUCAAUGUUCCAUCCCAGGACAUGCCUCAUGGUUGUCCCUGACACAGAUUCAUUUGUCACCCCUCUAAUUGCCUAAUUCCAUUUAAUACCCUAUUAAGUAAAUGUUUUUAAAUCCAAUGAUUCAUCUCGGCCAGGGUCAACAAAGUAGUAUCAGGUAUCCCAUACUCCGCAACUUGCUUUCUUUUUUGAGCACUGUGAAGGACAGUGAAAUGUCUUUUUGUUUUUUUUUAAGGUAAGCAGCCUUAGCUCAGAAAUGUCAGGCCACUCUUAGACCCCCAUUCAGGUAACUAACCCACAACAGAUUUAAAUGGGCUUCUUUCUUCGUUUUUUUUUUUUUUUUUUCCACCUUAAAUGGGCUUCUUUCUUCAAGUCUUUUUUUUUUUUUUUCCACCGUUCACAAAUGGGGUCGUUUUCAAUAGUUUCUGCACAGGGCUCCUCAAAUUUUUAACCCAAAUCUGGAAGCUAACCUCGUUGGAAACGAAUAGCCAGACCUUGGCUCCUUGGCUGCCACCCCGUUUGGCAAGUUGUGGUGAACCUCACGGACCUCGUCUCCUUCCAGUUUCCAUCAUCCCGGAUCCCGGUUCCGUCAUCUGCACAGGCUCUGAGCCUAGAAGGCCCAUUUGGCUUCCACGGUGAAUCAGACAGAAACAAGUAAGCCAAUAAUGUUCAAAUUCAUGUAAAAACCACAGUUUUCUGGACUGGGAGUGGAGGUGUCACUGGUGGGAAGAUAUUGCUGCUAAUAUAUUUAUGGAAUGAAUGUAUUUCAUUCAGAUCUGUAUUCCUCUAGGAAAAAUUAAAACGCAUUUUUAAAAAGA